ACAAAAAGAAAAAAGAAAAAAGAAAAAAGAAAAAAGAGAGAGCCAUAUUUUUAAAACCAAUAAAAUUCAGGCGGUGAAAUAGAAAUAUUUUAUCCUCUAUAUAAAAUAAAAUUUCAAAAUCGACAUUUUGUCAAGCUAUUCCGCGCCAAACCAUAGCUCCGAAAAUCAACUGAAAGAAGAACCGAAGCAUAAGAAAAGUUAAUGGUUCUCGUUUGUUUUUUGCUGGAUCUACGAAGCCUCUCGCCUCCAUUGCUUAGAGACAUAAAGCAGUCACUGUUACAGAUGGCUAAUUUCUACACUAUUUCAUCGAAUUGGAGGAAUAAAUUAGAUUCUCUCAGAGAUAGAAUCGGUUUGUGCUACGUCAUCAAAAACCGCAUUUCUUCUUCCGAUGAGCUAAAGGUGGCGUAUGGUCCGAGAGGAGACUAUAGUCUUCGUGAUUUUCACCAUGCUGUUAAUAGUUUGCCCACCGAUUCGUUUUCCCCUGUGAUCAAUGAGUCUGGAUCUAUCUCUUGCUACGAUAUGAAACUUGCAAGUGUUUUGAGUGAUCAAGUUCUAUAUUCGUGGGGAGGAAGAGAUAUCGUGCGAAAAGUUAUUGUGUUGAGUUCAUGUUUACCUGAAACUAUAGACUCUGCCUUGAAAGAAACUCUUACGGAUGCUGCAGAUAAGUGUGUUUCUGUCGAGUUCAUUUUGCUUGAGCAAAGAUCAAACCAUCUUAGUGAUAUAAGGGCGAAUAUCAGCACCUUUUCCAGAUGUAUAUCCGAUCUUGAUAACUGCUCCUUUCGGUGCUGCCUUCCAGAGAUCAAAGUAUUUCAUGGCUUGGUGAAACGAUGGCUACAAGAUCUAAGGGACGACAUGGAAGAGCCAUUACAAGCUCAUUUUAUCUUUAAUAGUAACCUUGCAGGUUCAGUGAAGCAGAUAUCCUGCAAUUUAUCUGCUUCUGUCAAUCAUAUAAUUGAUGGAUUCAACCCUUGUAAGACAUGCAGGUGCCAUGGUGUUCCAUUGGGCAAUUCAGAAAAAACUAGGAUUGAAAGGCCUUCUUGUCAAGUCUCUGGUCAUGAACUUGGGGCUUUUGAUGUGAUUCAAAAUUCUGUGAAGGUUGGAGAAAACGCUAUCCUAUUUAUGCCCUCUUUUCAGAGCUCUGUGAAACUCCAACAGGCUUCUUCACCUGUCAACUUCAAUAUAAUAGACAGAACCAACUUAGGGUCUUUGAGUGAGGGACUUAUAUUUGGAAAUCCCUAUUUUGUAACUCCAUCAGCUUCUCCAGAGAUAGAAGCUGCUUCAGAUGAAAUGGAUCAGCUAGAAUUGAAUGCUCAAGUUUUCAAAGGGCUUUGCAGUGCUCUACAUUUAAUGGAUCAAGGCUUGAUAUGCUCUUCAAAUUGCAAUUUAGAAACUAUGAGGGAGGCGACAUUCAAUUGCUAUUAUAUUCUUCAACCUUCAGAUAAUGGACCAAUGCUUCUCAGGCGCCUUGCAGGAUCAGAGGAAGUCUUGCCUUUUUCUGAUGUCAAUCGAUUUGUUGCUCACUCAGUGCCUAAGGAGAUUGAGAUUUCCAUUCAGUCCUCCUUAUCCAAGUUGGAAUCUAGAGACUACAAUCCAGUCCUAUAUGAUAGAGGUUUCCAUCAAAAACUUAACUUGCUUGUAAAGGAAAGCUUACAAUUUGGGUGUGUAGCUCCUAAACGGAAUGAUGCAACAUGUGAACCAAACCCAACCAACCCUGACUCAACCGAAGUGAAUGCACGACCAAUUUCAUCAGUCGGUGUCAUGGUAGUAUUCGAUGAGAUGUCACAGCUAGAUCAAACAGCUGAAGAACGCAAAAAACCAACUUCAAUUGCUGAAGAAUGGGAGCGGCUAGUUGCCAAUGAAAUUCCGGUCAAGUAUUCUCCCACCAAACCCAAGUCAGAUCAAUCGGUUAUACUUUUAUCCUCACCGGACAACAGCAAGCAGCUCGAUAUAAACACGACAAGGAUACUAGAGAGGCUGGAGUUGCCAAGACAGUUAAAAUCAAAGCAAGGCUCUCCCGGCAACAACAGCAACAGAAUCUUAGAUGUUGCCAACAUGUCAAUGAAGAAACCUCCAAUCCCUUUCCAGCCCAAUCAGGCUGCUGAUCAAGGCGUGACAUCAAGCCAACUAAUCAGGCCCAGUUUCCAGAGGCUAAAACGAAAACACAAAUAAAAGGUGUCUUGAUGUGCAAAGCAUGACUAUGGGUUACGCACUCACGCUUACGUGCUUUCCUCUCAUCAAACACCAGAAUCUCUUUUUAAAUCUCAAUCAACCAACGCACUAUCGUUUGUUUGCCCUCAAUUGUUUUCAACAGAAAAGAAAAAACUAUUUUUAUAUUGAAAAAGAAUAGUAUGAAAAUGCGAAAAUUUUGAAUUUA